ACUGGUCUUUUAGCUUGAAAGUCUCAAAUGGACGCUCGUGAUGGCUCUCUCCACCACCAAUAUCUCUCACCCACCAUUUCCAAACUCACCCUCUUCCUUCUUCUCCUUCUUCCAUUGAUCUCGACUUUGACUCCCUCAUCAUCAUCAAGUGGCUGGCAACCGGACCCGACCUCCAGCUUCGAAGAGCUACCGCUGAACCAGUCCAACCUGCACAUACAAAAGCCGUAUGAUCUGCCGGUGAGCGACAGGUACAGCUUCAUCAAUGGAAUCCACAAGCUCUGGGUUUACUCCAGCGACCACCCUCUCUCCAAGGGAAGCCCCACCAGGCCUCGCUCCGAGAUCUUCCUCAACCAAUACAUCUACUACUCCGGAGUGUGGCAGUUCGAAGCGCACGGGUACGUGCCGUGCGGCACUUCGGGCGUGUGCAUCACGCAGGUCUUUGGAGCCGCGUUCCCUCGGAACACGACCCUGAUGCUCAGAGUCUACAACGGUUCCUUGUACUACUACCAUGACACGGUCUUGGUUCCGGACAUCUACGACAGGUGGUUCAGGGUCAACAUCAUCCACGACGUGGCUGCGUCGAACCUGAAGGUCUACAUCGACGGCGAGUUCAAGUUCGAAACGAGCGGUCAUGGAGGUACCUUCCAUUACUUCAAGUGUGGAGUCUAUGCACAAGACAACGCUUCCUACUACAUGGAGUCCCGCUGGAAGGGAAUUAGGGUUUUGAAGAAGGGUGACUGAAUGAUUUGUGUUCUCCUGGACUCCAAUCAGAUGUGAAUCCUACGUUGAAAUAAUAGUAAAAAUCAUUACUUCUUCCCCAUCCAUUUGAAAACAUUAACUGAUCUAUAUACUGUACAUCUAGAAUAAGAAGCAGAAUUUUUUUGUUCUCCUUGCGAAG